UGAGUUGGUCUGAGAGUUGAAGCAGUGAUUGUUGCGCGUGCGCAGGAAACUACCGUUAGCUGUCAAACCUGGGUGUUUUCUGUCCUCGUAACUUUUGAAGGGUGGUAGUGUGUUGCACCUCAGGUAGGUCGCCGUUUGAAAACCGCAGGAUUGGAGCAGAAUUCACGCAAUUGGGACGUCUUCAGCAACUUUUGUUUGGUUGGGGAGCGGGGGGGCUGUCGUCCGCGAACACGACCAUGUACCUUGGAAAGACAGCGACGACUGCUCAAGGAGCUAAUGUUUCUUCUUGAUUCGUUCAAGAAAAGUCUUCAGUUGUUUUUUUUACAUGUAUAUAUAAUGUGUGGAGAGCGAUUUACCAAAGCAAGAACAAUGUUCGGUGUCGCGUGAGGCGGUGUGGGGCACAGCAGGCGUGAUAAAGGAUUUUAUUUUGGUGUGGAGUUAGCUUUUCGGCUGCACCGUUGCGAUGGGCAACCGCGGGAUGGAGGAGCUGAUCCCUCUGGUCAACCGGCUUCAGGACGCCCUGAGCAGCGUGGGGGAGAGCCGCCUCACCCUGCCCCAGAUAGCCGUGGUGGGCGGCCAGAGCGCUGGCAAGAGCUCGGUCCUGGAAAGCUUCGUGGGCAGAGACUUCCUUCCACGUGGAUCAGGAAUUGUCACACGCCGACCUUUGAUACUGCAGCUUCUAAAUGCUGACACUGAGUACGGUGAAUUUCUGCACUGCAGAGGAAGGAAGUUCACAGACUUUCACGAGAUUUGUCAAGAAAUAGAGGCAGAAACCUGCAGACUGUUAGGAUCCAACAAAGGCAUCUCACCUGUUCCAAUUAACCUUCGGAUUUAUUCACCAAAUGUGUUAAACCUGACUCUGGUCGACUUGCCGGGCAUCACCAAAGUUCCUGUUGGAGACCAGCCUGCAGAUAUCGAGUACCAAAUACGAGACAUGAUCAUGCAGUACAUCUGUAAGGAAAACUGUCUCAUCCUGGCUGUCACGCCGGCAAACACUGACCUGGCGAACUCUGAUGCACUUAAACUUGCCAAAGAUGUUGAUCCACAAGGUCAGCGUACAAUAGGUGUGAUUACCAAACUGGACUUGAUGGACGAAGGGACAGAUGCUCAACAAAUACUGGAGAACCGGCUACUUCCACUGUGCAGAGGCUACAUCGGGGUGGUGAACCGCAGUCAGAAAGACAUUGAUGGAAAGAAGGAUGUUAUGUCAGCGCUGCUCGCGGAGGAGAAGUUCUUCCUGUCUCACCCUGCCUACAGACACAUGGCUCCACGCAUGGGCACCCCUUACUUACAAAGAACUCUAAACCAGCAAUUGACCAAUCACAUUCGGGAGACACUACCAGACUUCAGAAGUAGGCUGCAGAGCGAACUGAUGACCUUGAAUAAAGAGGCGGAAGACUACAAGCAAUACAGUCCUGAUGACCACGCACGUCGGACGAAGACACUACUCCAGUUGGUGCAACGAUUGGCUGUUGACUACGAAGAGCUUAUCGAAGGAUCUGGAGACAGAGUUGACACAGUGAAUCUGUCAGGAGGAGCCAGAAUCAAUCGGAUCUUCCAUGAAUACUUCCCCUACCAGCUGGUUAAAAUCGAAUCAGACGAAAGUAAGUUGCGGCAAGAAAUCAACUAUGCAAUAAGAAACAUUCACGGUGUUAGGACUGGGCUGUUCACCCCCGACAUGGCAUUUGAAGCUAUUGUAAAGAAACAGAUCACUAGACUUAAAGCACCAUGCCUGAACUUUGUUGACAUGGUCAGUUCGGAGUUAGUCACCACUGUGGAUCAGUGUAUCAACAAGCUGAGUUCUUUCCCCAAACUGCAAGAUGAAACAGAGCGAAUGGUUUCAGCUGAAAUUAGAGAACAAGAACGAGUUUGUAAAGAUCAGAUUCUUCUGCUUAUCGACAUCCAGCUUGCUUACAUCAAUACCAAACAUGAGGACUUCAUCGGCUUCACCAAUGCUCAGCAUAUAAAUAACCAGAGAAAUAAGAAGACUGUUGCAGGGAUGCCAGGAAACCAGGGUGUGGCCCCUCCCUCAAGUUUAAUAGUCAUACGUAAGGGCUGGCUGACCAUCAGCAACAUUGGCAUCAUGAAAGGAGGAUCCAAAGAAUGCUGGUUCAUUCUCACUGCUGAAAGUCUUUCCUGGUUCAAAGAUGAUGAGGAGAAGGAGAAGAAGUUCAUGAUUCCUCUGGACAACCUCAUGCUCAAAGAUGUAGAGAGGGGUUUCAUGUCCAGAAAAUUCAUCUUCGCUAUCUUCAACACGGAGUCAAGGAAUGUGUAUAAGGACUACAAGCACCUGGAGUUGGCUUGUAACUCUCAGGAGGAGUUGGACGGCUGGAAGGCUUCUCUGUUGCGGGCGGGAGUGUAUCCUGAGAAAGUCACAGAUGCAGAGAAUGAUACGCCUCCAGAGAACUUCACUGACCCGCUACUGGAGCGUCAAGUGGAAACCAUUCGAAACCUGGUAGACUCCUACAUGAGUAUCAUCUACAAGACGAUCAGGGACUUGAUGCCAAAAGCCAUAAUGCACCUUUUAAUCAACAGUGUGAAAGAGUUCAUCAGCGUGAAGCUCCUGGCUCAGCUCUACGCACUGGGAGAAUGCUCGAUGCUGAUGGAUGAGUCACCAGAGCAGCAGAAGCGAAGAGAGGAAGUGCUGCAUAAACAUGCUGCCCUGAAAGAAGCAUUGGCUGUCAUCGGAGAGAUCUCCACCUCCACAUGCUCCUCGACUCUGCCUUCACCCGCCGACUCGUCCUGGAUAAAGUCCUCCAGACCCGAGAAGAUGGCGACGGCGGGAACCCGUAGCGGUGCUCCUCGAGUUUACCCUCACACUUCCCACCCUGCCCUCCAAAGUACUGAUGGUUUCCAAAAGGUUACCCGCCGACCUCAUAGAGCGCCGCCAAGUGUGCCAAGGAGGCACCCACCACCAAUUCCAAACGUGAAAUAGCAAAUCAGAACUCCAUUUCCCAUAUGUCCAUGUGAGCCGUCCAGAUGCAACAGACCAUUUACCUGGAGACGGCUGUGACCUGUGUGAUGUGAUCUCCAGCUGUGGGUCUAACUCAGCUAGUGUGUGUGUGUCCACUGGGAGCUGCUGUCUGCAAAACUCACUCAGCCCUCAGGCUGUUUUGUACAUAUUAUCAUUGGCUGUAAAUACUGGAAUGUACUCAGCCGUCUGCAGGCUUCUCUCUAUUGCCUGAGCUUUUUGUAAAUACAAAUGGACAUUAUAUAUAUCAAGAGACUAUACACACACUGUGUUUGUACUGUUUUAUUAAACU